AUGAGGGCAAUCUUUUGCGGUAACUUUGAGUACGAUGCUCGCCAAUCUGACCUGGAGAGGCUGUUUCGGAAGUAUGGGAAGGUUGAUAGGGUUGACAUGAAGGCGGGAUUUGCUUUCAUAUACAUGGUUGAUGAGAGAGAUGCAGAGGAUGCCAUACAUGGAUUGGAUCGCAUUGAAUUUGGCAGAAAGGGUCGUAGACUUCGUGUUGAGUGGACAAAGCAAGGACGUGGCAGUGGUCGUGAGAGCUUGAAAAAAUCUUCUUCUAGUUCAAGGCCAUCAAAGACAUUGUUUGUGAUCAACUUUGAUCCAUAUCAUACAAGAACAAGGGAUUUGGAGAAGCACUUUGAUCCCUAUGGCAAGAUACUGAAUGUGAGGAUCCGCCGGAACUUUGCUUUUAUUCAGUAUGAAACGCAAGAAGACGCCUCUAGAGCAUUGGAUGCAACCAAUCUGAGCAAACUUCUGGAUCGAGUUAUAACCGUGGAGUAUGCAAUGAAAGAUGAUGAUGAAAGAGGUGGACAUAGCCCUGAUAGGGCUCGUGGUAGGUCUCCUAGAAGAGGCUAUGAGAGAGCCCGGUCCCCUGCUCUGCAUGGGAGAGAGAGGGGUAGCCCUGACUAUGGGCAUGGGCAGGGCCAUACUCGAAGUCCUCGUAGAGAACGUGCCAGUCCUGAUUAUGACCAGGGACCUAGCCCAGUCCGCAAUGGAAGGGAAAGAAAUUCUGACCACGGUAGUGGGCGUCAUGCAAGUCCCAGAAGGGAAAAAGUGUCUUUGAAAAGCCAUGGAUAUGACUCAAGCCCCCGAAGAGAGAGGCGCAGUUCUGAGAACAACCGAAAGACCAGCCCCCGGGAGCAAGCAAGUCCUCCUCAUUAUCGGCGAAGGUCAAGUUCGAGUCCUCGAAGAGAGAGAAGGGAGAGGCUGAGUCCUGAUAAUGGAAAUAGUGCUAGCCCAGACUCAAAUCCUGAGGUCACAAAUAGCCCAGGAUAUGAUGGAGCAGAGAGCCCUUUGCCAGAACGGUUGAGGAGCAGGUCAGCUCCCCCACGAGAGAGGCAGUCGUGA